AUGGCGACACGGACCGACGCGAGUUCUUGCGGCACGAGAGAACUCGACGCGCGCCCCGGACGCCUCGAACGACGACGCGAUAAAAUGAGCGAAGAAGAGACCUCGCGCGUGCCGGUGACCAUCAUCACCGGAUUUCUCGGCGCCGGCAAGACGACACUGCUGAACCACAUCUUGGAAGACGCGAGUCAUGGCUUGCGCUUCGCCAUCAUCGAGAACGAAUUCGGUGAGGUGGGCGUGGACGAACGGAUCUUGUCUGAGAAAGCGGACGAAGAGAUCAUCGAAGUCAUGAACGGUUGCAUCUGUUGCACAGUGCGUGGUGAUCUGGUGGUGGCGCUGAAAAAGCUUUACUCGAAGAUCGCGCAGUUCGACGCGGUCAUCAUCGAGACGACGGGUUUGGCGGAUCCGGCACCGGUGGCGCAGACAUUUUUCGUCGACGAUGAAAUACAAUCAAAGUUUGUCCUGGAUGGAAUCAUCACAGUAACGGAUGCGAAACACAUUCUCGCUCGACUUGAUGAUGAAAAACCAGAGGGCGUGGAGAACGAAGCCGCCGAGCAAAUUGCUUUCGCCGACCGAGUACUUCUUAACAAGACUGACCUGGUGUCCGAUACCGAGCUCAAAACCAUCGAGACCAGGAUCAAGCAAUUAAAUCCAAGCGCUGAAAUCUACCACAGUGAGCAUUCCAAAGUUGAUCCGAAACAUUUGAUCGGAAUCAAUUCUUUCUCACUCGAGAAGACCUUGAAGAUGGAUCCCGAAUUCCUUAACACGGAGGGCGAGCACGAACACGACCCAUCCGUGUCUUCGACGAGCGCGAAAUUCGAAGGGUACCUCAAUAUCAAUAAAUUAGAGAGUUGGAUAAGUGACAUCAUUCAAACAAUGGGUGCGGAUUUGUUUCGGUACAAGGGCGUGCUUUCCGUCGCAGGUAUGGAUCAAAAGUUUGUCUUUCAGGGUGUCGGAAUGUUGUUCUCUGGCGGUUUCGUCGACGCCACUUGGGCAAAGAAUGAGCCACGCGAAUGUCGAUUCGUCUUCAUCGGAAAGAAUUUGGAUAAAGGCGCCCUGAUCAAUGGUUUCAUGGACUGCAAGUGUUCCUCCGAGCUUCGCUUCAAAGUCGGCGACAAGGUUCUCGCACAGGUCGGGGCCGACAGCGACGACGGAUACGUCCGAGGCGUCAUCCGCAAAACCUGGGAUUCAGGUAAUCCUUACCAAAUCGAGCUUCACGACGGUAAGAAAACAAAGGUGUGGGGGCCGGUCGAUGAAGACGACUUCGUCAAAGCCGCAUCCGUCACCGUCGAGGCGUGA